CUCUGUCUCACUGUUUCUCUGAGAAAAAGUUUGAACAGGCUGUGAGAAUCUUUUCCCUGCAAACUGAAGCAGUUUGACUGUUUGAAGAGGUUUUUCCAGUAAAUUUAACUUUCCCUUUUCCAGUCCCUGAUUGAGGUGUGCCGUAGUUGGACUGCAGGGCAGAGUGAGAGGAGCUACUGCUGCUGGAAGCCUGCUGUGGAGCUGAGAACAAACCUGCCAAAUCCCUGAUUGAGGUGUGCCGUAGUUGGACUGCAGUGCAGAGUGAGAGGAGCUACUGCUGCUGGAAGCCUGCUGUGGAGCUGAGAACAAACCUGCCAAAUCCCUGAUUGAGGUGUGCCGUAGUUGGACUGCAGUGCAGAGUGAGAGGAGCUACUGCUGCUGGAAGCCUGCUGUGGAGCUGAGAACAAACCUGCCAAAUUCAGACUCAUCAGAUUUUCAUCAGAUCUCUUCAGCUGAACUCUGAUGAUGAAACUGCCAUCAGUCCUCCUCCUCCUCCUCCUGGUUCCUCUGCUGAGCAGCUCUGCUCCUCUUGUCCUCCCACUGGACUGCAGUGACGUCUACACCCAAGAUAUCAGCCGACCCAGUGGAGUGUACACCAUCUAUCCCAUCGGAGUCACGUCUGCUGUCCUGGUGUACUGUGACAUGGACUCACAAGGACAGUGGACGGUGUUCCAGAGGAGGAUGGAUGGAUCGGUGAACUUCUACAGACCCUGGGAACAGUACAAGAUGGGCUUUGGGAACGCUGUUGGAGAAUACUGGCUGGGUCUGGAGAAUCUCUUCUAUCUGACCCAGAGAAAAGAGUAUGAGCUGCUGGUCGACAUGGAGGAUUUCAAUGGAAACAAGGCGUCUGCUCGUUACUCCUCGUUCUCCAUUGAUGCAGAGUCUGACGGCUACAGGCUGAAUGUGUUUGGAUUCACAGAUGGAGGGGCAGGAGACUCCCUGAGUGGUCACAACAGACAGAAGUUCUCCACGUUUGACAAAGACCAGGACAGUUCAGAUGGGAACUGUGCCAAAUCAUAUCUGGGGGCGUUCUGGUACAAAGAGUGUCACCAUACAAACCCUAACGGGGUUUAUCGCUGGGGGGCUGAUGACACUCUGCAUGCUGUUGGUGCGUCGUGGUUCACCUGGAAGGGUCAUGAAUACUCCCUGAAGGCCAUCAGCAUGAAGAUCCGUCCUGUGCAGUAAAUGUGCAGAACAAACUCACAGCAGACAACAUGUUAAUCUAAGUAAUCUUAUUAUUUUAUAAUAUAAAUAUUAUACAUUAUAUAUUGUAGCGCAAUAAGUACUGUAAACUGAUGGGCUUGUUCCAUAUUACAGUUGUUUGUAUAAAUUUGAAUGAUAAUAAGUAAACUGCUUAGUAUAAAAGUGAUUUCAGGCCAGUUCAGCACCCAGACUCUUCUACUACGCUGCUGGAAUAGCUGCAGUAUACAGUUUAGCAUCAUCUUGCUGAAAUAUGAAGGCCUUCCCUGAAGAAGCCAUCCUCUGGAUGGGAGCAUGUGUUGCUCUGAAACACUAAAAUAUACCUUUUAGCAUUGGUGGAGCCUUUCCAAAUGUGCCAGCUGCCAGUUCCACAGAUGCACCCCCCAUACCAUCAGAGAUGCAGGCUUUGAACUGAGUGCUGAUAACAGCCAGAUGGUCCCUCUGCUCUUUAGUCUGGAAGAUGCAGCGUCCAUGUUUGGAUUUGUCUGACCUCAGAACAGUUUCCGGUUUGCCUUGGCCCAUUUUAAAUGAGCUUUGGCUCACAGAAGCUGUCUCUAGAUCAUGUUCACAUAUGGCUACUUCUUUAACCUGCAUCUGUGGAUAGUUGAGCUGUGCUCACAGACAGUGAUUUCUGGAAGUGUCCCUGGAAGCCCAUGCAGUGAUUUCCAUGACAGGAUGUUAGGAAAAUUUAGAUAAUCUUUUAUGUUUUCUAUUUGCAUUUUCUGGCUUUGCUAUAACAUAGUGAUUAAGAGAAAUGAAUUUCUCUGCUUGUGAUUAAGUAUUGAAUAAAAAUCAGUUAAGGUAAUGUUAGAAUAAGAAGAAAACUGUAUUAAGUGUAUCAUUGCGUUGAACUUUCUGUGCUCCUGUGUGUAUAAAAAGAGGAAGCGUCUGCCAGAAAAGGGAAGUCCACAGAGGCCUCGGCAGAGUGAAGGAAGGAACCAGUACCUAAUGAAGACAUCAGUUGUUAAGAAAUGUGAUGCUUGUUUAAAAUGAAGUGUUUUGAUAAUGACUAAGGGUGAAAACCUUUAUUAAUCCAGAGUUCAUGAUGGAUAAGACCUAAGUAGAGCUUCCUCAUUUGUAUCCUGUUAUUGUCUGUUUGAGUUCUUGUGUAAUGUCACGUAGACAUUUUCUUGUGUAUAAAAGAUGGACAGUGAGACCGCCUCACUGAGCACUUCUCCUAAGCAACCUUGAUGUUGUUUACCUGUAACUGCUCCGGCUUGCAAGCCUUUAAUAAACAUUGCAUUGUAUUCAGA